CCCUGCAAGAUUCGUUUUUGCCUCUCCUUCCUCCCUCCUUCUCUCAGUUUUUUCCCCCUCAAAUUUGUCCUUUUUUGGGUCAAAUUGCUUCCGUGGUUGUAGUGGAGAAGAAGGCCGAUUUUUUUUUUUUGAGAUUUUUUUCUGCUCAAUACCGCUGCAAUUAAUAAGCUUUCAGAAGAAGAAAAGGAGAUUGUAUCGAGUUUUCGGCAUCUCCAGCUGUUGUUGGAUCUCUUUCCAUUUCAAAAAUCUUAGCUUUCCGUCAAUCUUUGGAUAAUUACUAGUUUUGUCCUUGGAGACCUUGUAAAUGUGGGAUUUUGCUCGAUUUCUAGUCGAUUGGUGGUCUGUUUGAACUGUGGUUAUAGCGGCAGCUAAGGAGGAGAGCAUUGGGUGUGUUUCGUUGGUCGUUGAGGCUCGUAUGAUCAGAUGCAGCCAGAUCAGAGAAGAAAGGCAUCAGCAGAAGUAGACUUCUUCACAGAAUAUGGUGAGGGUAGUAGGUACAGGAUAGAAGAAGUGAUAGGAAAAGGUAGCUAUGGUGUUGUUUGCUCUGCUCUCGAUACUCAUACUGGGGAAAAAGUUGCCAUCAAGAAGAUCAAUGAUAUCUUUGAACAUGUCUCUGAUGCCACACGUAUACUUCGUGAGAUUAAGCUUCUCAGACUCCUGCGUCAUCCAGACAUUGUGGAAAUCAAACACAUACUACUGCCUCCAUCAAGGAGAGAAUUCAAAGACAUCUAUGUUGUCUUUGAACUCAUGGAGUCUGAUUUACACCAGGUUAUCAAGGCCAAUGAUGAUUUGACUCCAGAACACUAUCAAUUUUUCCUUUAUCAACUGCUUCGAGGUUUAAAGUACAUACAUACAGCAAAUGUAUUUCACAGGGAUCUCAAACCAAAAAAUAUUUUAGCAAAUGCUGACUGCAAACUCAAGAUAUGUGACUUUGGACUUGCAAGGGUGGCCUUCAAUGACGCUCCUACUGCCAUAUUUUGGACGGAUUAUGUUGCAACAAGGUGGUAUAGGGCGCCUGAAUUGUGUGGAUCAUUUUUCUCAAAGUAUACACCGGCAAUAGAUAUCUGGAGCAUUGGCUGUAUCUUUGCUGAAUUGUUAACUGGAAAGCCUCUUUUUCCUGGAAAGAAUGUGGUCCACCAAUUGGAUUUAAUGACAGAUCUGUUGGGAACUCCUUCUCCCGAAGCCAUUGCCAGGGUACGCAAUGAGAAGGCCAGACGAUAUUUAAGCAGCAUGCGCAGGAAAAAACCUAUGCCUUUUUCUCAGAAAUUUCCAAACGCCGACCCACUUGCUCUUCGUUUGCUAGAGAGGAUGCUAGCUUUUGAACACAAGGAUCGCCCGACUGCUGAGGAGGCUUUGGCCGAUCCCUAUUUCAGGAAUAUAGCAAAGGUUGAGAGGGAGCCUUCUGCUCAGCCAGUUACAAAAAUGGAGUUUGAAUUUGAGAGACGAAGGAUAACAAAGGAAGAUGUAAGGGAGCUCAUAUAUAGAGAAAUUCUCGAGUAUCAUCCAAAGCUGAAGAAAGAGUUCUUGGAAGGGACGGAGUCAACUGGUUUCAUGUAUCCAAGUGCUGUGGAUCACUUCAAGAAGCAGUUUGCUUACCUUGAAGAGAACUAUGGAAAUGGUGCAACUGUUGCCCCACCUGAGAGGCAACAUGCAUCAUUACCCAGGCCGUGUGUUUUUUAUUCAGAUAACAAGAUGCAGAACUCAAUGGACAUUACACAAGAUUUUUCUAAAUGUUUAAUCAAGGAAGCUGAGAAGCCAAAACUAGAGAAUUGCAUGGUCCCUAUGACAAGGCCUCCACUUCAAGUUCCCCAGAGGGCCCAAGGUGCCGCUGCAAGGCCUGGCAAAGUUGUUGGAUCAUUGUUGCAUUACAACAACUGCACAACCUCAGGUUCUGAACUGUAUGAACAGCGAAGAGCUGCCAGAAAUCCUGCCAUCCCUGCACAAUAUGCAUCUUCGUAUCCCAGAAGGAACCCAAGCUGCAAGAGUGAGAGAGGAGAUGAGGGAAUUGAAGGAACUAACAUUGUGCGGCCAAAGCCUUAUGUUGCAAGUAAAGUGGCUGCAGCUCAUGGUGGUCCUAGUGGUCAUUGGUAAUUGGUUAGGUGACAGAUUCACAAUUAGUUUGCAUGUCAUGACAUCAACUCCCUGGUGAACUCAGAUUGUUCCAUUGUCAUCAUCUUCAAUAAUGUUCAUGCAUUGUCAACUGUACAGACUCACUACAAGAGAUAGGACUUUCAUUUAAUUUCAGCGGUAUCAGACUGGAAGUUGGGGCUGAAAGAUUAUGAAGUAUUGGUGAUGGGAAGAAUUUGGCUUGGCUGAGAAGGUUGUGAUAUAGCUUACUGACAUGACUCUGGCUGUUGGUGUUGCUGUUGCUUGAUGUUAAAGUUCAGAGUCUGAAGGCAGUUAUGACACUAAACGAUGACAAGGUGGGCUACAUUGGGCUGUAACAAUUGUUAUUCGCAAGUUUUUAUUCGAGUUAAAGGCUCAGCAGGAUGCCAUAUUUGUUGUAUUGUAUUAUCUUGUAUCAAUGCUACUAGAUGAUGUUGGCACACUUCAGCCUGUUGCAGUUGGCUUGUUAUUCUAAUAUGUGCCACUUGCCUCUCUAUGUACAUUUGGAACAAUUGGGCAGAUUGUAUGGGCAAUCUUGCAGUGCUUGAAGUA